UAUGUAAUAAAAACCUGUUUAUAUAAUAAUAUAUUCUAAUAUAGUAUGUUUUUUAUUAUUUCAGAUAAAAGAAAGAUAACUAUUUUAUAAUGCCACUAGAAAACAUGGAUCAUCAGAAAAGUUUAUAUUACAUAGUAGAAUUUUCUGACGGUAUGCAACUUAUACCAUCUAAUUGGUUGAAUGUUUUUAAAACUAAGGCAUACUGGCCUAACUUUACAAAUAUAAAAAAAUAUGAUAAAGCUGUACAAUAUAUGGAGCCUGUUGGAAAAAAUUGGACGUUAUGUAACAUAUUAAGAAUAUUAGGUAGUGCUGGUAAGCAAAAAUAUACAAUAUACAUUUUAUGACAAGUACUUAUAAAGAAUUAUAUAUUAACUACUUUUUUUCUCUAGUAAGUUAAUAAAAACACUACUUUAUCAUUUCAGGUUUUUUUGAGUCGGGGAAAAAAAAAUUAAAAUUAGCUGAGAUGUCUUCAGAUUUAAAUACUGAUGCCAGUGAUGAUGAAAAGUCAAAAAAAGAUAGAAAACUAAGACAUGCAAAAAAAUACGAUAAUGAAACUGAUUCAGAUUCAGAAACUGCUGAAUCUGUACUUACGCCAUUUCCUAAAUUGCAUUCGUACAAAACUACCAAAUAGUAACCGUAAAAAUGCCUUAUGUGGAAACGCUGCACAGGCUGGUUGUUCUUGUUGGAAAAUUAAAGUAUUUAGGUCGUUCUCUUUCUUAACUCAGUACCAGUGUUUGCGAUAUGCUGCGUCCUUUUAUGCGUUUUUCUUUCUUUGUUUUAUUUCAUGGCUGUUACCGGGUACCACUAGCGCGCUGUCUAUACUCGCUCUCUUCCUUUUGUUUUUGUCACUAGUCGUCAUUGUCGCUAGUCAGUACGCUCUACCAUCCUGCACGAGAAGGAUCACGCGGCGUGUUAACCUAUCUUUGAUUCGUGUAAUCUUUUACUUGAAAUACAUAGCAAUUAUAUACACGGAAAUAUAGUGUGACGUACUAUCUGCUACCUAAGAAAAAUCCAACAGUUCUACAGAAACUCAAUUAGAAAAUCAUAUUAAAUCCGUUUCUAAAUCUACAAAUCUUAUAAAGACUAGAAAGAAGGAUGAAGAAUAAGAGGUAGCUUUGGAAUAUAAAAGGGCAAAGGAAGAUGAUACUGAACAACAUAUGCAAGAAAUUUUCAAAGAAAAUAUGUUUUAUGGAGAAGGAGAGUUUCAAAAAUUUAUGAUAAAAAGUAUGACUGAUACUAAAUUUAAAUUAAAACGUUGCGAAAAUAUUUUGGUGCAUAUAUUAACAGCAAUUAAUACUUCUAAUGUAUCACAAAAGGAAGAUAAUUCAAUAUUAACAAAUGACUCAUUAGAUGAAUUUCCCAUAGCAGAUUUGGAAACUUUGAAAAAAGUCGAAGAUCAAUUACAAAAAAAUGAAUCGUACAAAAAUGCAAUGGUAAAAAUGUUGAGUAUGGUAGGAGGACAUGGCUUAAAAUCUCUUACUCUUAACAUUUUGACACGUGCAUUAAGUAACUUUAUUGCUACGAAGUACAGUUGGGUUGGUGGAAAAAAAAAAUUUGUAUUUUCUAAUCUAUUUUUGUGGAAGAUUAUUUUAAAAAAACUGAAACAGAGCUAGAAGACGCCAGUAAUAAUGAUGCAGUAGGUGAACAAUCAUUAAUUGCAUUAGAAGACUGUAUCUUACUGCCUCAGAUAUAAUAUUGUUUUAUUUCUAUUUUAUAGUAUAUUAGAUUUGUAAAGUAAAUUGCUGAUAAUUAUGAAGUAAUAACAUUAGUUUAGAUUUAAAUACAAAUACAUAUAAAAAAAAUUUAUUUUUAUUAAUACUAGUGACUAUUAUAUCAAAGAUUUAUGAUUAUAUAUAAAGAAAAAGUGCAAUGAAAACAAAUUGAAGUACAAA